AUGGGACAAAACGAAUUCGGCAAUGGCUGCAUGUCUUUAAAAGCGAAAAUUGUCACUAUCCUGGUAUUCAUGACAGUAACACUCUACCUCUCAAUCGAACUAUGUCUUUUCAUUUCCGACCAGUAUGUGUUUUACAGUGCUGUCACUGAACAAGGACUCCCAUAUCUAACUCGUCAGGAAAGGCACAAAUAUAGGAAUCUUUCAUCAGAUGAUCAAGCAAAACUGAAAGUUGCGCAGCGAAAAGCGGCUACACUGGAAUCUGUCACGAAUGCAGUCAGGAUCACACUUGGCUUAGUUUCUAUGUUGAUUAUUGGAUACAUUUCGGAUCGCUACGGUCGACGAGUUGCCGUAGGCAUUCUUAUCUUUGGAGAAUCCCUGCACAUACUGAUCAUUAGUUUAGUAGUCACAAUGCAACUCAGCGUAUGGAUAAUAAUCGCUGGUGGAUUUUUCGAAGCAUUUUUCGGUGGUGGCCUUUUAUCUCUCUAUUCCCAAGUUGCAGCAGUAAUGGUGGAUGUUACAAGACUAUCAUAUGUCAAUCAAAUCAAAAGUGACAAUACAAUUUCAGAGGAAAAAACAAAUCAAGAGAUAUGGCUUGGUUCACACCCGAUUGGAGGAACAAUUAUUUAUCGAUAUGGUUUCAAUGCUGCAGUUAUCACUUGCGUUUCCUUAACCCGUAAAGCCUUUAAUAAGGCAACAAAUGUCAGUGAAAUGAUGGAUGGAGAUAGUACGAAUGGUGCUGGAGUCGAUGGUGUCGAGGACGAUAUCCGUACUAUUGAAAUCCAACAAAACUGGAAGAAGAGGUUCAUCAUAAAAUUACAAGCUCUCAGACAUUUGGACCCAAUCUUGAUUAUGGUAAUAGUAAUUGUUAUACUCGCUUCAAUUAGCUCUAUGGUCGAUCUUCAAUAUAUUGUUAUUUACCUCAUGGGCUCGCCAUUUUUGUGGAAUCCUCAACAAGUAGGAAUAUACAUAGGUGUCAGUGAUUUCAUUUCAUCCUCGCUGGGAAUCGCCUACACAAUAAUUGUUGUUAGACUCCGACAAAGACGGAAUUCCAAAAAGAAACGUCCAGUGAGUGAAGAAACGUUGUCAUCACAAACGGAAAUCAUCAACGAUGCACCAGCAUUAUCUUUCAUACGACACAUGAAAUUACUUGUAUUCACUCUGGCAGGUUCCUUAGCUAUGAUGACGGUGAACAAAGUACUUAUGGCUGUUGCUUAUCAAUUUCCAACACACAAAGCCAAUAUUAUUGUCUACGCAGCUGCUAUUCCUCGAUUGGUAAAAAGUUUGGUUGCUCCCAUCGCCCGUUCAAUGUUCUCCAUAUGUACACCACCUGGUAAUCAAGGGAUGAUUCAAUCAUUUGGUGGAUUUAUUGCUCGUAUUGGAAUACUGAUUAGUCUGACUGCUCUCCCAGCCUUGUAUGCUGCUACCGUCACAGUAUUUCCUCAGGCUGUGUUUAUUACUGUCGGUGCAGUGAUGGUAAUCACGAUAAUUUUUGAUUUGUGUAUUCUGCCUCUUCUCAAAUCAAAAAGAAUUCAACACUCGCCAAACGCUAAGGCUUAG